AUGACUUUGCACGGUAACGUUCAGUUCUGUUCAAACAUGCUACUGCAAGUCUUCAUUGCUCUUUACCUGCUAACGUUUGGUACACUAAUCGUCGAAUGUCGUACCGAUUAUAUCGAUCGAAAACAUAUCAAGGAUGUUAUUGUCGAAUGCAAUAAAACGUUGAAAUACGACGAACAAAUCGGUGUUAAGAUUUGCAACGAUCGGGAAAUGAAGAAAGUGCAUAGUAUGGAUAACGACACAAGAUUUCUCGACGGGGACGAAAUAAACGAAGUGGACGAAGGACGAAAAAAGAAGAACAACAAAGGUUAUGGCAGAAUAUUAUUGUACAUGAUCGGUGCAGCCAAAGCUACGAUACUUUACAUAACUUUACAUGCUGUAGCUGUUAUUGCUGCUAAAGCAUUAAUCGUUGCUAAAGUUGCAUUGGCAGUUGCAACUGCUAUUGCUUUGAAAAAAGGAUCCGAACACAGCGACAAAACGUCUUACGAAAUAGUUAAACAUCCUCAUCAUAGCUACAUACAAACUCACAGUUCAAGUAUCGAUUAUGAUCAUCAUGGUGGUUAUGAAAGUGGAUACGGUCAUCGAAAACGACGACGAGUCUUUCAACGAUAA